UACUGUAUGCGUGUGUAGGGGAGGGCUGGCUCUUAUUAAAGUGCGGAGCUCCAGUUUGGACCUUCCCUCGCCUCAAGUCAAGGAGACAGCCGCGUAAACCCGCGCUCGAUUAUUUGUUGCCCCCCCGUCGCACUCACUAUCAGCACCACACACUGAUCCGGGAACAGUAGCAGCAGCUCCUCUCUCCUCUCUCCCCGCUCAGCACCUCCUCGGCGUGGUGCGUCCCAGACGCGCUCUCUCCAGUUCAGGAUGGACUCGUCUCCUCCUCACCUCUCCUCGCUCCAGUGACGCUCCUGUAGUUCGGUGGGAGUUCCCGGAGUGAGACCAGGGACUGAUCCUCUGUCCGCUGUUUCGCCUUUACACUGUUUUUAAUUUGAUUUGAUUAUUUUUAAUUUUGAUUGAACUGCCACUGCACACUUGUCUCCGGGCUCCGAAAUGGGAAUGUAUUUACAUCUGCUGCUUUUGCAGUACUACUGCGUCUCGAGUUUCCUGUGCAAUGCCGUCGCGUUCGUGGAGGAGCCCGCCGGGGGCAGGUCGGACGGGUACUGCGGCCGGAUCCUCCGAGCACAGACACAGGGGACUCGGAGAGAUGGCCACCAUGAGUUCAGGCUCAGAAUUGAGGGGGACCCGGAAGCCUACCAGCCUGGCAGCACCUAUAGAGUGGUCCUCCUGGCAACCAGCCCUGCUUAUUUCAGGGGUUUCACCCUCAUCGCGCUGAAGGAGGGCAGAGAGGGCACCACAGACGACGACUACACCGGCCAGUUCCAGAUCAUUGACGAGGAUGACACACAGUUCAUGACCAACUGUGCCCCCGCGGUGACGGAGAGCACACCUCGCAGACGCACAAGGAUACAGGUCUUCUGGACAGCACCGCCUUCUGGGACUGGCUGUGUUAUACUGAAGGCCAGCAUUGUCCAGAAGAGAAUCAUUUAUUUCCAGGAUGAAGGCUCUCUCACCAUUCGACUGUGUGAAAAAGAGCGCGUGUUCGGUGAAGCCACAGAGGCUCCUGCCAUCGAGUGCUGCGCCUGUGGAACAGCCAAGUACAGGCUCACCUUCUAUGGCAACUGGUCGGAGAAAGUCCAUCCCAAAGACUACCCAAGACGAGCCAACCACUGGUCGGCUCUGAUUGGUGCAUCUCACUCCAGAGGCUACGUGCUGUGGGAGUACGGAGGCUAUGCCAGUGAGGGCGUCCGCCAGGUUGCUGAGUUUGGCUCCCCCAUUAAGAUGGAGGAAGAGAUUCGACAGAAGGGAGAUGAAGUGCUGACUGUCAUUAAAACUAAGGCUCAGUGGCCGGCAUGGCAGCCGCUCAACCUUCGAGCUGCUCCGUCAGCAGAGUUUUCUGUGGACCGGACCCGUCACCUCAUGUCCUUCCUCACCAUGCUGGGACCCAGCCCGGACUGGAACGUGGGGCUGUCUGGAGAGGACCUCUGUACCAAGGACUGUGGCUGGGUCCAGAGGCUGGUCACAGACCUCAUACCCUGGGAUGCAGGCACUGACAGUGGGGUCACAUAUGAGUCGCCAAACAAGCCCUGCAUCCCUCAGGAGAAGAUCCGACCCCUGACCAGUCUGGACCACCCCCAAAGCCCGUUCUACGACCCAGAGGGAGGUGCAAUUACACCUGUAGCCAAGGUGGUGGUGGAGCGCAUCGCCAGAAAGGGAGAGCAGUGUAACGUGGUCCCAGACACCAUAGAUGACAUCGUAGCUGAUAUUGGACAAGAGGAGAAGGAGGAAGAUGACACACCGGAGACAUGUAUCUACUCAGGCUGGUCUCCUUGGUCGGCGUGUAGCAGCGCUACAUGUGAAAAAGGACGCAGGAUGAGGCAGAGGAUGCUGAAGGCCCAGCUGGACCUCAGCGUGCCCUGUCCACAUACUCAAGAUUUCCAGCCGUGCAUGGGACCGGGAUGCAGUAUGGAGGAGCCAUCGACGUGCAUGAUGUCAGAGUGGAUCAGCUGGUCGGCCUGCAGUGUGUCCUGCGGGAUGGGGAUGAGGUCCAGAGAGCGAUACGUCAAACAGUAUCCCGAGGACGGCUCGCUCUGCCAGCUCCACACUGAGGAGACGGAGAAGUGUGUCGUCAACGAUGAAUGCUCACCCAGCAGCUGUGUGGUGACGGAGUGGGGCGAAUGGGACCCCUGCAGCGUCACCUGCGGGUUGGGUAUGAGGAGACGUGAGCGCAUGGUGAAGAUGCCUCCCAUAGACGGAUCCAUGUGUAAGACCGAGGUGGCCGAAGUGGAGAAAUGCAUGAUGCCAGAAUGUCACACCAUCCCUUGCAUGCUGUCGCCCUGGUCCGACUGGAGCGAGUGUAGUGUGACGUGUGGGCGGGGCCUGCGAACACGUCAGAGGAUGCUGAAGUCUGACCCCGCAGAGUGCGUCGAGGAGCUGGAGCAGACAGAGAAGUGCAUGCUGCCCGAGUGCCCCGUCGACUGCAUGGUCUCUGAGUGGUCGGAGUGGUCAGAGUGCAACAAGUCCUGCGGUAAAGGACACACCAUUCGGACCCGCAUGGUCAAACUGGAGCCACAGUUCGGGGGCAGCGCUUGUCCCGAGACCAUCCAGAGGAAGAAAUGCAAGAUCAGGAAGUGCCGGACGAAAGCGAAGGAGGCGAGAGGAGGUGGAGGCGGAGGUGGAGGAGGAGGAGGAGGAAAGAGAAGGAGACGGGGUAAACAGGGAAGAGAUGCAGCGGCCGAGGGGCAGCCAGGUUGCAGGAUGCAGCCGUGGACCGGCUGGACGGACUGUACCAAACCGUGCGGAGGGGGGAUCCAGGAACGUUUCAUGAUGGUGAAGAAAAGAGCUAAAGGUGCUCUGAUGGCCAGCUGUAAGGACCGGAAGGAGAUCCGUGCCUGUAACGUUCAUCCCUGCUAGGGGGCACUACUGAGCUACAGAGGAGGAGAUGGGAGGAGCGGGUUAAAUAUAUGAGUUGUGAAAAUAUGGGUUUAUUUGAUAAAGACGAUGACGGGGAUGAUCUUUAUGUGUACAGGGAAGUGAGGUGAGGGUUAGAUGAGGGGUCAGUUUGAUGAGUUUAGGUAAGUGGAGGGGAAAGGAGAAGAUGAUAGUAUGGUGUUUAGUGAAGCCAUUGUAGGCAUUUAGUUAACAGGGCUGACUUUUACUUUAGACCACAAUGGAAGUAUUAGAGAGUAAUGUAUGUGUCCUGCAAAAAAAAAAUCAGCUUUUCAGGAAUUUCAGAAAAAUAAACAACUACAGUAGCUUUGCCAUUGAAACUUGCAAC